AUGGGUUGCACAGCAAGUACACAAAUCAGUGAGGAUGAGAACGAUCCAUUCUUACAAAGUCAACGAGCUAAUGAUGCUAUUGAACAAUCCUUACAAAGAGAAAAACAAAAGGAUAAAAAUGAAAUUAAAUUAUUAUUGUUAGGUGCAGGUGAAUCCGGCAAAUCCACUGUCUUAAAACAAUUAAAAUUGCUACAUCAAGGUGGGUUCAAUCAUCAAGAACGUCUUCAAUAUGCACAAGUAAUUUGGGCAGAUGCUAUUCAAUCAAUGAAAAUUUUGAUUAUUCAAGCUAGAAAACUUGGAAUACCAUUAGAUUGUGACGAUCCUAAUAAGAAUCCUGAAUUGUUUGAAUUUAAAAGAUUACUUUUAAGUGCAAAGGCUCUUGAUUUUAUAAAUGCCAGUAUUGCUGGUGGAUCAGGCUUUUUAAACGAUUAUGUAUUGAAAUAUUCCGAAAGGUAUGAGACAAAGAGAAGGAUUCAAAGUACAGGUGAAGCCAAAGGGUUUGACACUAAUUUGGAUAAUAAUAACCUAGAUAUGAAUGGUUUAACUGAAAUAAAUUCAAAUAAGCCCAUUUUAAAUAUGUCGAUUAAUGAAAUAUCGAAAAAUCUAAAUGAUACAGGUGACGAUCACAUGUUUGUCGAAAAGAAAACCGCUACAGCUACGGAGAAGAAGUUGUCAAGAGAAGAUAUCGCUACUGCGAUUCAAGAAUUAUGGAAAAAUGAUUCUGGUAUCAAACAAUGUUUCACUAGGUCUAACGAAUUUCAACUCGAGGGCUCAGCUGCUUAUUAUUUCGAUAAUGUUCAUAAAUUUGCUGAUCCAAAUUAUAUUUGCACAGAUGAAGAUAUAUUAAAGGGCCGUAUAAAGACUACAGGUAUAACAGAAAACGAAUUUAAUAUAGGUUCUUCUAAAUUCAAAGUAUUGGAUGCUGGUGGUCAAAGGUCUGAACGUAAGAAAUGGAUUCAUAGUUUUCAAGGGAUCACCGCCGUACUGUUUGUCCUUGCAAUGAGUGAAUAUGAUCAAAUGCUAUUUGAAGAUGAAAGAGUCAAUAGAAUGAAUGAAUCGAUAAUGUUAUUUGAUGCGUUAUUGAAUUCAAAAUGGUUCCGUGAUACACCUUUUAUUUUAUUUUUGAAUAAGAUGGAUUUAUUCGAUGAAAAAGUAAAAAGAAUGCCAAUAAGGAAAUACUUCCCAGAUUACCAAGGUCGUGUUGGUGACUCUGAGGCAGGAGUAAAAUAUUUUGAAAAAAUAUUUUUGAGUUUGAAUAAAUCUAAUAAACCGAUAUAUAUCAGAAGAACAUGUGCAACAGAUACUCAAUCUAUGAAAUUCGUAUUGAGCGCAGUUACUGAUAUGAUCGUUCAACAAAAUUUGAAGAAAAGUGGUAUAAUAUGA